UCCUGCUCCCUGCGUGCCUGUCCCUGGAGGUGUCUGUGGGAAAGGCCACCACCAUCUACGCUGUCAAUGGCACGGAGAUCCUGCUGCCCUGCACCUUCUCCAGCUGCUUUGGCUUCCAUGACCUGGGCUUUUGGUGGUCUUACAACAGCAGUGACACAUUCAAGAUUCUCAUUCGCGGGACCGUGAAGACAGAGAAAUCUGACCCCAGGGUGCAUCUGAAAAAUGACGACCGCAUCACUCUGGAGGGCUCCACGAAGGAGAAGAUGAACAACCUUUCCAUCCUGCUGAAGGACCUGGAGUUCAGCGACACGGGCAGGUACACCUGCCACGUGAAGAACCCCAAGGAGAAGGACCUCCAGCACCAGGCCACCAUCUUCCUCCAAGUGGUCGAUAAACUGGAGGAAGUGGACAACACGCUGACAGUCAUCAUCCUGGCCGUCGUGGGCGGGGUCGUCGGGCUCCUGGUCUUCAUCCUGCUGCUCAAGAAGCUCAUCACCUUCAUCCUCAAGAAGACUCAGGAAGAGAAGAAGGAGUGCCUCGUAAGCUCCUCAGGGAACGACAACACGGAGAAUGGGCUGCCAGGCUCCAAGGCCGAAGAGAAACCGCCAGCCAAAGUGUGAGCUCUGCGGGGCCAGCAGCCCCGGGAGCCUCACUCUCAGCGAGGAAACAGGCCUGAGCCUGCCUGUGAAUCCACAUGCCUGAGACAUUGCUGCUUGGCUCCAACUGUAGUCUUUUGGGGUGGGGAGGACCGGGUCCUGUCCAGCCUGCCCCACCCCUCCCCAGCCAAGGCUCCCCAGGAUAAGGGCUGGUUGGGGGGCGGUGGAAAGCUUAGGCAGUGUGGGGGUCAGGCCCCCAUCACCUGGGUAGGUGGUUCUUAACUCUCCCCACCCCGUAAGAGCAAUGCCUUGGUUGC